UCUUAUUAGAGUAAUGGGUGACGUCCCUGGGCCGUCUACAGCUCCUUACUUCAAUCAAAGGAAGGCAACAGAGAAUUUCUCCCGUCUGUGUCAGCUGAUCAUGACGAUCUGUAGCGACUUGUUCAGGGACAUUUUAAGUCGUUUCAUCAAACCGGCUGACCUGAGGUCAGAGCUGGACAACAACAGAACGGAGCUGGAGGGAAUCAUGAACGCUCAACAGAUAAAACAGAUCUAUCUGGCGUCCGGUUCAGUUACUUUGACUGCUAAAGAACUGGACAUCUCUGUAUUGUAUAUCAUAUUGAGGAACAUUUGUAACAUACCCGAACAUAGAGCAGGAUGGGGUAAUCCUCCUCUCAAUGGCGACAAAGGAUUAUCAGCCUGCAUAGAAAAGAUCAGGAUCGAGAGAAAUUUAAUCUCCGCUCAUUCUGUCAUUGCUGCUGUUGAUGACAUAAUGUUUCAAGAGCACUGGGACGAAUUGAAAGACGCCAUUAUAGAAAUUGAAAAGCAGUCUGUCGGUGGGGACAUGUAUGAGAGAGGCGUAAACGAGUUAUUAUCUUGUGAUCUUAACCCAGGAAGAUCCAAGCUGUAUGUGGCGGAAUUCAAGAAAAUACAAGAAAAUAUGCAGAUAAAACAAGAGAGAAUUGAAUGCCUUGAAAGUAAAACAAGGACAGCAAAGCGUAAAAUAGCUGUCAAGAAAAGUAAGAUAUUUGAAAUAUUACAUAAAUUUGACCAUGAUAAAAAACAUGGCAAUGUUAAACCGUUUUGAAUACUUCAUAAGUACAUUAAUUUUAAAGUACCAAAUCUCAAUUUGUUGUCGGAAAAUUAUCCAUGCAUAUAUUUGCAUUUAUUAUUGAUUUUGUUUUUCAGAAGAGAUCAAGAAGCUGAAGACAACUACAUGCAGGGCAAACAGUGAGACAUUUUCUUAAUUAUAUGCAGACCGUUAAUAUUUUAAAGAAACAGAAAAUUGUAAUGUAUCAGAAUUUGUAAAGUGAGUUGAAAAAGGUUUGAAUCAUCGAAUUAGAUCAUUUUAUGAUCAGAGUUAAUGAUCAGAGUCAAUCAGAGUUCAAAUUUUAGCCAACCAAAUGAUUAA